CGCCGGUGCAGCCGCCGCCGCCGCCGCUGCCCCCGUCUGUACCGCAGUGUCUGCUCCGCCCGCCUGCCCCGGUCCGGCCCGCCCCCCUCUCCCACCUCCGUCCUUCGUCCCGUCAGCAGGGUACGGAACCCACUGUGCCGUCGCCUCUUCCUUUUUCGACGCCUCCGCCGCCGCCUGAAGAGGCGAGCUAGCUGGGAGUUACACCGCCACCGCCAGUUGCUGAAUUCCAGAGAUUGCUACCUGUAGGACUGUGUAGAAGCAACCUCUAAGAUGAUCCAAUAAAAUGGAUGGAUAGAAUGACAGAAGAUGCUCUUCGCCUGAAUUUAUUGAAACGGAGCUUGGACCCAGCAGAUGAGCGAGAUGAUGUCCUGGCCAAGCGACUCAAAAUGGAGGGGCAUGAAGCCAUGGAACGUCUGAAAAUGUUGGCAUUGCUCAAACGGAAGGAUUUGGCAAAUCUUGAGGUGUCUCAUGAGUUACCCACCAAACAAGAUGGCAGUGGUGUCAAGGGCUAUGAAGAGAAACUCAAUGGGAAUCUCAGGCCUCAUGGAGACAAUAGGAUUGCUGGAAGGCCAGGCAAAGAAAAUAUCAAUGAUGAGCCUGUGGAUAUGAGUGCUAGACGGAGUGAGCCAGACCGAGGAAGGCUAACUCCCUCCCCAGACAUCAUUGUUUUAUCUGAUAAUGAGGCUUCCAGUCCCCGUUCCAGCUCCCGAAUGGAAGAAAGACUCAAAGCAGCCAACCUAGAGAUGUUUAAGGGGAAAGGCAUUGAGGAACGGCAGCAGCUCAUCAAGCAGCUGAGGGAUGAGCUGCGAUUGGAAGAAGCUCGACUAGUGCUGUUAAAGAAACUGAGACAGAGUCAGCUACAGAAAGAGAACGUGGUUCAGAAGACUCCAAUUGUACAGAAUGCAGCAUCUAUUGUUCAGCCAUCUCCUGCCCAUGUUGGACAGCAGGGCCUAUCCAAGCUUCCCUCCCGGCCUGGGGCCCAAGGGGUUGAACCUCAGAAUUUAAGAACAUUACAGGGUCAUAGUGUCAUCCGUUCAGCAACCAAUACCACUCUCCCACACAUGUUGAUGUCUCAGCGUGUUAUUGCACCAAACCCAGCCCAGCUACAGGGUCAGCGCGGCCCGCCUAAGCCUGGCCUCGUACGCACCACAACACCCAAUAUAAAUCCCGCCAUCAAUUACCAACCGCAGUCCAGUUCUUCUGUUCCCUGUCAGCGCACAACAUCCUCGGCCAUCUAUAUGAACCUUGCCUCCCAUAUCCAGCCAGGGACCGUGAACAGAGUGUCCUCACCACUUCCUAGCCCCAGCGCCAUGACCGAUGCUGCCAACUCACAGGCUGCAGCCAAAUUGGCUCUUCGUAAACAGCUGGAAAAGACACUCCUGGAGAUUCCACCCCCUAAACCUCCUGCUCCCUUGCUUCACUUUCUGCCUAGUGCAGCUAACAGCGAGUUCAUCUACAUGGUAGGCUUGGAAGAAGUCGUACAAAGUGUUAUCGACAGUCAAGGCAAAAGCUGUGCCUCACUUCUGCGGGUCGAACCCUUUGUUUGUGCCCAGUGCCGCACAGAUUUCACCCCUCACUGGAAGCAAGAGAAGAAUGGUAAGAUUCUAUGUGAGCAAUGUAUGACCUCCAACCAGAAGAAGGCUCUAAAAGCUGAACACACCAACCGGCUGAAAAACGCUUUUGUUAAAGCCCUACAGCAGGAACAGGAAAUUGAACAGCGAUUACAGCAGCAGGCAGCCCUCUCCCCCACUACGGCUCCAGCUGUGUCCAGUGUCAGUAAACAAGAGACCAUAAUGAGACAUCAUACACUUCGGCAGGCUCCACAGCCCCAAAGCAGCCUCCAGCGUGGCAUACCCACAUCUGCCCGUUCCAUGCUUUCCAACUUUGCACAGGCACCCCAGCUGUCUGUGCCAGGGGGCCUCCUUGGUAUGCCAGGUGUCAACAUUGCAUACUUGAACACUGGCAUCGGAGGACACAAAGCUCCCAGUUUGGCAGACCGACAGCGGGAAUACCUUUUAGACAUGAUCCCUCCCCGGUCUAUAUCGCAAUCCAUUAGUGGACAGAAAUAACGCCUGUUCCACUUGUACUGCCCCAACCUUGAAUCCUUUACCCCUCUCCUCUCCCUUUGGCCCUAACUUCCGUCGCAUGCAGUGCCUGUACUGGUGCCUACCAUACACGGAAAACAAAACAGAAGACAAAAAAUAGAAAUCAACAAGAAAACACAAGCCCUGCCCCACCACCUCCCCUUUAUUUCAUACUGCUGCGAUCUGUUCUUCUGCCGCUCUGUCUUCUCUCUUCAGUUUUCUUGUAACAGUGAGGUGAAUAUUCGCCUCUGAUAGAGGUGAGAAUGAGGUCCUGGGGAGAAAUUUAAGCCCUCCUGACUUGUGUUUCUAAAGUUUGUUUUUAUGCUGUAAUGAUUAUUACUGUUUUUAAUGAUGUUGUGUGUCCUCCCUUUGUUCAGUGGACGGUUAAACCUCCCCCCCCCCCAAUACUUUUCUUUUCCUUUUCCCCCUUUUUCUUUUUUUUUUCUUCUUUUUUUCCCCCCCAAUAAACACAAAUUACAUACAGUUAAAUAGUAGGAGCAUUGCAGUAGGGUCCCAGCUGCCAGGUAAAACAUGACCAGGAGUAUUAGGGCAGAGUUCUUAUGCACUUAACCAGGGGAGGUGGUGGCAUCAACCAAGGAGAAACAGCACACCCACUGUGGAGUCUCUGGAUUGGACAGUUCAGGAGGCAGUGUUAGUAUUUAAGUUGGGCUCUAAGAAUGAGGGGAAAGAGCCUGGAGGGAGAAGCUUUAAAACGUAACCAUCCUACAACUGACUCAGAGAAGGGGAGAAAGGAGUAUGAUGAUGAGCAUAAUGUUGAGCCAAGGAAGACUGAGACCAGGUCCUAGCCUUCUGGAUGCUGGGGGAAUAAGAUUGGUCUCCUGAUCCUAGUGGAGUCGUGGGAGUCUAUUCCAGGCCAACUAGCCCAAAUUAAUUAAUUCAUCCUAUUUUCUUAUAAAAAUUUUCCCUAUCCCCCCCCCCUUUCUUUAUUCUAGUAACCACAGCCCCAUUUGUACUAUAGAGGAAUGGCUGUUCCCAGCCUGAGUGUUGGGUGACCUAGAGUUGGGAUGGACAUGAAAUGAUAAAGGGAGGAAAUAGACUUAGAGGAAGGAAGAAGGGCUUUCUCUCCUGACAGCUGAGGCUCACAAUUGUCUGUCUUCACCCUCUGAGUGCCAGGAGGUGAGGGUGAGGGCACCUAAUCAAGUUGGAGUCUUGCCCUAACCCUCCUGCACUGACUGCAGAGCCAACUGCUCAGAACCAGACCACUCACGUCCAAACCAACUUUAGGCCUCUGCUAGAAAAUUGUCACCACCCACCCCCUCGAAUUCUAUUAAUUGUGCCCUGCCCCCUUCCUUAAGUGCUACUAAUGUAGAAAAUGAAUUUAAUUGUGCAAUGUUGCUGUUUUGGGGAUUGGGGAGAUGAGUAUCCCAUUUACUCAUACGGUGGGGGAGGGGUGGGGACCCGGCUGUUUUUUGAGGUCAGGGAAGUCCCGUAAAAGCGGGGUUUCUGCUCUCACAGUGUACACCCACCUGCCUCUCCAGCUCUAAAAGCUACCACGGUGCUGGAAAGGGAUACUCUCAGCAGAGAGGGGUGAAGAGUUGUUUAAUAUUUUGCCCUUGAAAGCCACCUGGGGAAGUUCCCCCACUUUUAUUUUUUAAAAUUAAAUAAUUUUUUUAAAGUAAGAAGGCACUUUUAAAAUUAACACACACACAAACUGCACAUCUACCCUAUAAAGUUUGGGGAUGGGAUGGGAGAAGGAGCUAGAAUCAGGCUCAGUUCUCCCCACUCUGGCCUCUAUUCCCCAUACUCCAGAGCCACAGUGGGUGAUUAUACUGGCCUUACAAGGCCUUCCUGGCUUUUUUCUUUCCUCCCUCCCCCCAAAUUCAUUGAGCACUUAAUAAAGGAGCAGAGCAACAGCCCAUGUCUGUGCUCCCCCAGUGGUGAAAUGAUCUGGAAGCUAGACACUAGUAACAGGUAGUGAUGGGGUUGUUUCGAGUAUUUUUCUGGGGAAUGUGUUACCCCUGACUGUAAGUGGUGGGAGGGGGGUGUUAAUGGAACUGGGUGUGGUAUUAUUUUAAAAUUAUAUAUAUAUAUAUAUAUAAAGAUAUAUUCUUACAUGUCUUCUUUGCCCUCUGUGCUUUGAAAGCACUGGAUAAAUCGUUUGGUUUUGCUUUUCUGUCUUCCAUGAAAUUGGAAGCUUUUUAAAAAAAUAUUUUCCCUACAGGUCAUCUUGCCUUUGUGGCAUGUCUGUCUAGCCUCUCCCCCCCCCCCCCCCAUGAUGAAGUGCCAUUUCUGUUAUGUCUCCCCUCCCCCAGCUCAGAGGUGCUCAGAGGUACGAGGUGCCCAAGUUUGUCAGUUGAGAUUAAAAAUAAGAAACAGAGAAUGUGCAAUAUCGUUUGGCUGGGGUCUGUCCCUGCCCUGAACUGAGCCCCUUCCCUGGGAGCCAGGCCACCUUUGGAUGGUGUUUGGAAGUCAGAUGUAUAGAGAAGGGGGAAUGAUGGGGAAGGAAAACCUAUAGUUGAGUGCCUGCCAAGGUGCUGAGGCAGUGGGGGAGAGGGUGGAGUCUUUCCUGUUUUUAUCCCCUCAGGGUCAGUUACAUAGAGGCUGCUUAUUCACUAGUAAAGCUCCAUGACCCUUUGCUCAAUCGCUGAGGUUUGAUUUCUUACCCUCUCUUUUCAUUUUAAUACCCUUCCCAGGGAUUAGUGAUGGGGGUAAGGUUCCCCUAAAUCAUGGUAAAGUAUUAGCCUUCCACCUCCUUCCUUCCCUCCCUCUCCCCUGUCUUCCUCAUUUCUCUACUUUUUCAUCCCUGAUUGCCUUGAGUCCCUCCAAGCCUAUUGUUGCUGUCCAUCCCCAGGCCUUGGGCCCCAUAGACACUAAGCUAAAGAUAGGAGGAAAGACCCUCUGUUCAGGGUUAUCUUUCACCCCUGGAGCUCUGAAGCUCAGGGUAAUAUAGUGAGGAUCCAACUAGUUCUGCCUGGCUUUCUCCAUCCCCAAAGCCUCUAAAAGUCGUCGUUUAUGGAUGGUGGCUUACUCCCUAGAAGCCUGAAAUGGGUGGAUGAGUGGUAAGGCUUGGGUAAAGCUGAGGGACCGAGGUCCUUAUUUGUCUCUCUUUGAUUUUUCUUUUCUUUUUAUUUUUUAUUUUUGUCACUUGACCACAGCAUCUGGACUUCCUUCAUCCCUGGAAUAAGUAUUUCCCCCCACAUUUUUGUAUGUAUGUAUGGUAGACAUAUUUUUUUUAAAACAGAGAUGUGUUCCUGCUUUGGUUUUCUUUCUUUUCCCCUUUAAAAAGAAUUAGCUAUAGGACUGCUUUGUAAAGAUGCUUCUUGAUAUUUUACUUUUGUUCCUUUUCCCCCUCCACUCCCUUUUCUCCCCAUUCCUCCAGAAGGCAUAACCCUUCCCUCCACCCCAUCCCAGUCCCAGGCUCCCUUCCCCUCCAACAAGACCUUCAUUAGCUUAUGAUAUUUGCUGCCGAGAUGUUAUAACAAGGACUCAUUCGUGUAUAUAAGCUAUUUCUUGAUUCAUUUAAAAGGAAUUGUACAUUGUGUAGAAAAAAAAAGCUGAAAAAGAGAAAAAAAAGCCCUAGCCAUGGAUAUUGUGAAACCGUGUUAUGUCAUUUUGUAAUGUGCCCGUUUGUGUAUGAUCCGUGCAAAAGGGUUUCUGGGGAAGGGGAGGAGGUAGGGAGGCAGGGCUGUGGAGGGUGGGUAGGAGAGUGGGCCGGGCCCAGCACACUGAGACUGGCAGCUGCUCCAACCCCAUCCCUCCUUAGAGAAGCCACCUCCCCCACCACCCACCCCUCUUUUGUGCCUUGCCUCCCCACCCUGGAGUAUUCCCUCCGGGUCACCAGCACUGCCUUGGCAGAGCCCACUCCCUACCCUAACCUGCCCACCCUCUCUACCCCCCAGCAUUAGGGUGAUACUGUGGGGAAGUGCUGGGGGUUGGGAGGUAGCCGAGGAAUGGGGCAGUUCCUGGGGGCAUUGAAACCAAGUAUUAUGAAUUGUAAUUGUAUUUGCACUGUUUUUUCCCCCCUCUUACUGCAUCAGCAUAUAUACAAUAUACCUAUAUAAGAAAAUUUAGUGUCAAGCUUUCUUAUGCAAGGGAUUUCCCCUACCUCACCCCCCACCCCCAAAAAAGAACCUAGUUUCAUGGGCCUUUGAGGGGGGGGAUUGACAGGGGACGAUAGAGAAAGGACUUGAACAAGUCAUCCUAAGAAAGUCUCACCUGGGGAAAGCCCUGUCCAUCUGCACACAGUUUUAGGCUUUGUAAACUGGGGUGAGGCUGGGCUACUAUGAAAGCUAAGGCUCCUAGUCCAGACUUGAGAGUAAAGAGAACCACACACAAAGUGGGGUGUGGUGGUGGCACAGUCUGAAGACCUGGGGUCUAAUCCCAAACUUUCCUACUAACUUGCUGUGGUAGAAUUAAUUUUCUGGGUCUCAGUUUUCUUAUUUGUGAAAUUACAGUGGAAAUCAUCUUGCCACCAAGUUAAUGCUAUGCUUCCUUCUCCAGCCUGUGAACAGCUUGAGGUGAGGAGAAGGUUGGGCUGAAAAACCAGGGAGAAAACCAGAGUAACUAUGCUAACGUGGUUAUAUGUGUGACAAGGCCCUGGGGGAGCUGCCAGGUUUCUGCUGUGACUUGGUUUGGGAAAGGCAGCAGAGUGGUGUCUAGGACGUCAGUAAACCGUGACAUCUUUGCCCUUAUGCCUCCAGUCAUUUGAGGGUAUGGACCAGGCCUCCGGCCGCACCUCACAAACAGCCACAGGAUCCUAAGGGUGGGGUUGACCGGUGAUGCCCCAGGUUAGUGGUCUAGUGACUUACACCCUUUUUGAGCUACUGGUUGUGAAACUUCCCGUCAUCUUGGUGACACAGUAGGAGAGCUCAAACAUAGUCCCCAGCUUGUCUCCUUCCCUCAUAUCUCAUCUGAAUCGCCUAAAGACAGCUGUCCGCACACAGUCUGUCUCUUUCAGGGGCCCAGUUUCCCCACAGCCUGGCUGAGUACUCCCACACACUUGAGGUUCUUGGCUGGUAAAGCCUGGAGAGGAUACAGGACGAUGGAUGAGGCCCUGAUGACCGUGGAAGGAUAGACCGGGGUGGAGGGUGGGGAGCAGGGAGGUGGGAUGGGGAAUGGCCUUCUCUGAACGGGGUGGGUGGGAGGGGAACAAGACCCUUUUGCACAACCCUCUUUUAAGUUUCCUUUUUUUUUUUUUUUAACGCAUUCUAAUUUUCUGCAUUGUGUUUGGGAAUUAAAAUGAAAAAAACUAAGACCAAUAGAAACUGGGUUUCAAAAAGGCAAAUACACUCCCAUCUGUUUCAGAUGCUGCUGAGCAUUUCAGUAGUGACAGAUUCAAAUAAUAAGCUAAUUUUUGGAGAAAGGAUUAAAAGAAAAAAAAACUUUGUAAUAUUUAUCACUUGCAAGCUAUGUUUAAUAAAGAAAGGAAUGGUUUCUAAA